UGCUGGAGAAGGCGGCUUUCUCGGGGACGAUGCAAGGAUUGGAUGGCUGCUGCUGCUGCUGCUCCUACAACUACACGGGAACAACCGUAUUCUGCUUCCAUGCUUUAUACGCCUCUCCAAGAUAAGAUGUAUUCGCUGCUUUGGCUGCUGCUGCUGCUACAAGUCAAUGCUUCCUCACCGCUGGCUGCUCAGACUGCUUUCCCCAGAUACGCCUUCAACCUCCAAGCUGCUGCUGCUCUAUUGCUUCCUUCUCUCUGCUCCCCGCUUUCUUUCAUCCUUUGCCCCCUCCCUUGCUUCGAUCUUAAAACAUUGCUGUUUUAAGAGAGAGAGGAAAAAAAUUAGAUAUAUGGCAAGCCCCCCUUUCCCCCAACAACCUUCUUAACGUUUCGGUGCUGCAGAAUGGAACCGAUCAGGAUAGCAUUGUAGCCAGUGCGGACGAAGAGGUGGCUGUUUGGUACAGGGCGCUGCAAGAAGGUUAAAGAGUCCAUAUUUCACAACAUCAGCUUGGAACUACAUCGUUGUUCACUUUUUUGUUGCCUUUCUCACUCCAUUUAAACAUAGAUGUCCUUGUCUUUUACCUCUUCCAUUAUACAGUAUUUAUCAAAUCCAACAUGGACGCAAACAAGAAAACAGAUCCCCCAGUGUCUAUGGAAACAGUCCAGCAAAAGGCAAAUCCUGAUCGUGGCCCUGUAGCAUCCAUUUAUAUACCAGAACAAGGUGGCUACAAAGAAAAAUUUGUGAACGCCGUGGAGGACAAAUACAAAUGUGAAAAGUGUCAUCUUAUAUUGUGCAAUCCAAGACAGACAGAAUGUGGACAUCGAUACUGUGAGACCUGCAUGAACACCUUGCUAAGUUGCACAAGUCCGAAAUGUACAGCAUGCCAAGAAACUGUAGUGAAAGAUAAGAUAUUUAAGGAUAAUUGCUGUCGGAGGGAGCUGCUUGCCCUUCAGAUAUUCUGCAGAAAUGAAAGUAAAGGUUGUAGAGAACAAUUGACUCUGGGACAGCUGCUUAUACAUCUGAAAAAUGACUGUCUUUUUGAAGAACUUCCAUGCCCUCGUAUUGAUUGUAAAGAGAAAAUACUAAGAAAAGAUUUGCCAGAGCAUGCAGAAAAGACCUGUAAAUACCGGGAAACAACGUGUAAAUACUGUAAAAGUCAAGUUCCAAUGAUUAUGAUACAAAAACACGAAGAUGCAGACUGCCCAUGUGUCAUGGUUACAUGUCCUCAUAACUGCAGCAUUUCAGCCCUCCUGAGAAAAGAGUUGAAUGCACAUUUGUCAGAAUGUAUUAAUGCCCCAAGUACCUGUAGUUUUAAGCGUUAUGGCUGCACUUUUCAGGGAACAAACCAGCAAGUUAAAGCACAUGAAGCCACCUCAGCAGUACAGCAUGUAGACUUACUGAAAGAAUGGAGUAAUUGUCUAGAAAAUAAGGUGGCCAUGCUCCAGAAUGAAAGUUUGGAAAAGAACAAAAGCAUACAAACAUUACAUAAUCAAAUUUGUAGCUUUGAAAUCGAAAUUGAGAGACAGAAAGAAAUGCUGCGGAGUAAUGAAUCUAAAAUACAUCAUCUACAGCGGGUGAUAGAUAGUCAAGCGGAGAAGCUGAAGGAGUUGGACAAAGAAAUUCGCCCCUUCCGACAGAACUGGGAGGAAGCAGACAGCAUGAAGAGCAGCGUUGAGUCCCUCCAGAACAGAGUGACUGAGCUGGAAAGUGUUGAUAAGUCUGCUGGACAAGGAGGUAGGAACACAGGCCAUCUAGAAUCACAGUUAUCUCGGCACGACCAAAUGCUGAGCGUUCAUGACAUCCGUCUAGCUGAUAUGGAUCUCCGAUUCCAAGUGCUGGAAACGGCUAGCUACAAUGGAAUAUUAAUCUGGAAAAUCCGAGAUUAUAAACGUCGGAAGCAAGAGGCAGUGAUGGGGAAGACUUUGUCCUUAUACAGCCAACCUUUUUAUACAGGAUACUUUGGCUAUAAGAUGUGUGCCAGGGUUUACCUCAAUGGAGAUGGGAUGGGUAAAGGGACGCACUUGUCCUUGUUCUUUGUCAUAAUGCGGGGAGAAUACGAUGCGUUGCUACCAUGGCCGUUCAAGCAGAAGGUCACCCUUAUGUUGAUGGAUCAAGGACCUUCUCGGCGCCACUUAGGAGAUGCUUUUAAACCAGACCCCAACAGCAGUAGUUUCAAGAAGCCUACUGGAGAAAUGAAUAUUGCUUCUGGCUGCCCAGUCUUUGUUGCACAAACUGUUCUAGAAAACGGAACCUAUAUUAAAGACGAUACUAUUUUUAUUAAAGUCAUAGUGGAUACAUCAGACCUACCAGACCCCUGACAUACAGCAGAGAGGCAGAUCCAACAGAAGACCACGGCAUCUGGGGCUCUUUUUUAUAUCUAUCUAUCUUCAGUGAGAGGUCCCUAAAUCUCAGAGGGGCCACCUUGUGUUAACAGAAGGAAGAGUUUGGAGGUAUAACUUGUGUAGGGUCCAAUGGAAAACAUAGCAACCCAUUAAGGAAUCAUACCAUGGUAUAUUUUCUAAACUAGUAGGAACACUUCAAGUUCUGCCAAGUCACAUAAUCCUCAUGAGGACAAAGGUUACAGUCAGAAAAAGCUUUUCAUAAUUUAUUGGUAAUGCAGUCAAUGGGGAGGAAAAAGACAACAGCAUCCUAUGCUGAAUUAAGACAUCAGACUUUUAUUCCUUUUUAACUACAACACAAAAAUAAAAAUUCACAUGUGGGGUUAGCUAGACAUUGUCAGCAUGUUAAGUAAAAAAAAAAAGAAGAAAUUAUGAAGUAACAUUGCAGUUAAAGAUAUAUUAUUACUUUGAAAAUCUAAGUGCAAUCUUGUCUGAAAUAUAGUAUAUUGUCUAUUUUUAAGGCCUCAUCUGGUCUCUGUUUUAAAAUAAUUACUUUGUCAGAAGACCUAGACAGAAUGUAUAGAUCUUCUUAAAAGUGUCUAAAUCAGAGUCAUAUUUUUGUUUAGAGUUCUAUUAAUUGCUACAAAAACAUUUUAUUUUGAAACUGUUGAUAGACUGAUAUUUCUUGGAAGAAAAAAAGAUCAAUGCAGGUUAUCACUUGUGAUAUGAAAAGAAACUAUUCAACUACUGCUGUUAUUUCUCUUUAGAAAUGUAAACCUACAAUAUAUGUCGUAGUUAAUGACACUAUUUCAAAAUUGAGGAAAAAUUAUCACUCAUGGAUGCUGUGCAUCAUUAUCAGAUUUAUAAUUUUCACCCUAAAAUAGGGCAUUUGUUGAACUUUGGAGUUCUAAACGGAAUCCUGUAUGUUUUUAAAGUUCUGCCUCAUGCGUUCAGACCAAGCUCUCUAAAAUAUAUAUGUGUAUAUAUAUUAUAUAAUCUAUUUUUUGCUAAAGCAUAAAUGUGCAACAUAUUUUUGGUGUUUAAGAGAAGGUGUAGUGCUGAGUCAUUUAUGAAACCUGCUAAUUAAUCCUCUACUUCGAAAAUACUGCAUCUUACAGAGGAUAUCCGUUUGGAGAAAGCAGUGUCUUAAUGGAAGAAUGGUGGCUUGCAUGCAUUCAUGUGCCUUAGCUGUGAUGUAGUGCUUUAUAGCUCAUAGCUUUGUAUUCAGAUUUUAAUUUCAGAUUCCUGAAAUAGUCAUUUUAACUGGACUUUAGGCAUAAUGUGUUGACUGGUCUGUAAAGCCCAAACAAUAUUUUGCAGUAUGCUGAAUUGGAAGCCAAGACGGUGUUUCUGGCUUACCAGAAAAUCCAUCAGCCACUUCAUGGAAUACUAUUUAUUCAGGUGCUAUAUUUUUGUGCACAAUGCUCCUAUGGAGCUGGGAUUUCUGACAGCACCUCCUAUUUCCAAGGCAAUAGGAUAACUGCUGUGUGAUGCCAUGCUUAUAUAGGUAGCAGAGCUAACAUGAUUUCAGAUCAGAUCAGUUCCAAAUUGGUGAGGGAUUAUAUUAACAAGUACAUUAUUGAUGGUUGUUUUCUGGCAGACUGAUACAUAACCCUGCAGGGAAACCCACAGGAUCCUCCUAAUUAAACAACUACCUGAGCUUUACUAGAAAGCAUUUUCCAGCCUUUGAAUCAUGCUGAUUGCAACCCACAGAACUUAAUGGCUUCUGUUUCAGUAGUCAAACUUCUGCGGCCAGUAAGUCUAAUGACAUAGCUUGACCAUACACCAACCAUGUGGGUGCUGCUUUAAUUGCAUGGGUGCUGUGUAACAAACAUGUGGGUGCUCCCCUAGACUGAGCUGAUGUGCACAUGAAAAAGGAAUUGUAUAGACGAGGGGUUGUUAACCCCCGGUCUGUGGGCUUGCCAGAAUUGGGCUGCGGAUAUGGGUCUCCACCCCCGCAUGCUCGUGCGGGGGCACCACACGCCCACCACAUGAGCGUGGGGGUGCCCCCGCCCCCCAUGAAUGGAGCUCACUCCCCCCAGCCAGUCCACGGCCCCCAAAAGGUUGGGAACCGCUGGUGUAGACCAUGUCCAGAUAUCCAAGAGGAAGAGGUGUCCUACAUCUCUUUGUAGUUAUGGAGCAGAGGGAAUUUCAGCUGGUGCAGCACUGAUUCUCCUUAGCUAUUCAAGGUGCACAAGCGUUAUCCUCUUUUGCAUCCAGAUGUCCUAAUCGUGUACCUUGUUCUCAAGCCAGUCAUGUUGUGUUCACUUAACUUUCCACUUGGGUAGGAUGUUGUAGCCAGGGUUUAUGUCUAGGGCUCAGUUGAAUGUCCAUGUCCUUUCUAGUUCAUUUUUUUGCUCUUGCCAUUGUCUUUUAUGGCUGUGCCUUCCCACGCAGUGCCUGCUGGAAGUAUUUUUCUGUUAAUAAAUAUACAGUGCAGUGCAUGCUGAGUAGUCCUCAUGGGUUUUUUCAGGCACCUGCUUGAAUACUGCCUGCCUUUGGCAGCCAAAAGCGUUCAGUAGCAACAUGUCUUCCUCUUCUUGCCUUCCAUUGUCCAGGUACUGUAUUCUCUCUUAUGGUACUUCGCUGUCAACUGGUACAAAUUAAUGUAAGAAGGCAUGUGUUAGAAUUCCAGCUCUAAUAUCAAGCGAAGACGUUCUGCCGAGGAAGUUCGUGGUGCAGUUUUAUGCAGGCUGAUGUAAACCCAUCAUCUUCUGCUUUAGGGAAAAGAGUUAACUCAGCUUGUACCAUUAUUCUGAUAAUAGUCAUGGAUAUAGGCAGCUGAGCUUUUGUAUAUGCAGUACAGAAUUUUACUGAAAACAGGAUUCCCUAGUGGAAACGUCCAAAGGGCUCACCUUCCCAUUGCUCCUCCAUCAUUAAAAAAAAUUGUACAAGUGUGACCUUUUAUGAACAGUUUAUGUCCUGUUUGAAUACGACGCUGACAGAGGAUAAUUGUGCUAUAAUCUGAGCCCUGUUUAGUUCAACAGCCUGUUGAAGACAAAUGCUAUUUUAAAAUCCUUGAAAAUGUGAAUAGAGUGCAGGUCUGCACAUUCUCCCACCCCACCCCCAAGCUUGCAAGCAGUGAACAAAAAUGAUGAGUUAUAAACAUCAUCUAUCUGGUGUGCUAAAAGUUCUAGGCCGUUUCAUAAUUAUGGUAAAGACACAUAGUACAGUGGUGCCUCGCUUAACGAGCGCACCGUUUAACGAAGAAUCCGUAUAGC